AGGGCUGUGCCAAGUGUGACUCCGUUUGGUCAAAUGCGACCGCCCGAGUACGAGUGCUUCGUCUCCCUAAAGUUGCGCAAUUGUAUCGCCGUCUCGCUCCACAGUCUUGAAUGUCGGCCUGAAAUACUAGUUUUCAGUUUCGCGGGUGUUUUGUCGAGAUAAGCUGACUUCUUACCGGUAACUUUGGUUCUUCAGCACACACGAGCACGACAUAAGCUGCCACAAUGUUUAAAAAUCAUUUAGAAAUGAUUGGCAGAAACGAGACGCCAUCAAAGAAAGCCAGAUUUUGGCAAUCCUUUGUGCGUUCUCUUAAAGGAUCGGAAGACAUCAGAGCCGAGGAGAGGUACAGGCCCACGCGCCGCAGCGUUUUCCCUGAGCUGCUAUCUACGUCAUAUCCCUACAGCAAGUCCAUCUACGACGACCCCAUCGCCGCUGCCGAGAGGAUCACGGUCCCAGGGUACCGUUACCUCCCCGUCCACCGCGAAACUUACGGCUACUCCCCACGCCCAAUCUACGCCCACAAUUACGCGCGUUCCCUCGAUCGGUACAGGCCAGUUUACCAUGUGCCGAGGCGCGUGCGACGAGGCGUCGACCCCUUCGACGCCCACAAGGCGUGGCAGGAUCAUCUGGACAGACUGGCUGCCAUUGACAGGCUCUAUCCCUCCCGCUACGGCCUCUACCUGAAGGACCGGGCCUACCCCAUCACCGACCUGAGCGCCCCCAUCCUCCCCAGCCCCCUGGAGAAGAGCCUCAAAGGCAUCGAAUAUGAACCCGACAACAAACCGCACUGGGGAACAGGAGCGUGGCCGCAGAGGAUAUCGGACGCAUUCAAUAAGGAUCCCUUUUUCGCUGAAGCUGAAAAAUGGGCUGACAUUGACCGCUCGCUCCGAGGGAAGUCCCCGACGCCGGUGAAGCCCCGGAUAAGCCCGCCCCGCGAUUGCGAGGUCGCUUACGAUGCCGACGGUGCGCCGCUGUACUCCGCCAGGGGGCGCCGGCCGUGGGCUGAUAUUUUCAACCCGAGCCCGUCCCUACCGAUUUCGGCCAUCACUCGAGACCCCUUCUGGUACGACUGGCCGGAGCUGAAGCCGCUCGCGCGAUGGGACCGCAGCCCUUCAUACAUCCGUGACUCCUACCUGUCGCCGGUCAAACGCACCUUCCUAUGGGACAAACACCCGAUCAGGCCUUUAGAUUUAAUGGUGGCAGACUCUCUCACCGUGGAUGAUCUAAGCAGGACUUUACCGUUCAUUCGUAGUCUAUAAAGCAACUACCAGCUGCUGCUUUCUAAGGGGCGUUCAGCGGAUCUAUUUUAAGUUAUUUACAUAAUUAUCUUAAUUUAUUACUUUACAAACAUUUGUCUACAGCGUCGAUUAUGUUUUAUUAUGGAUUGGUAAAAAUAAAACAGUGAACUGUAAAAUUAUUCGAGUCAUAUUCACUUUGUUUCAUACAAGAUCUCAAAGACUGCAAUUCAUAGUCACUGUCACGAUGAAACACUUGUUACUUAUGCAUAAUACGAAUUUUGUUUAAAUAAAAUAUUUUUAUGUAUUCCAAAAGAUAAAAAAAUCAAUAAAAUACUCUAAAACUC